GUAUACAUUUGUUCAAGGACUUCAGACGAGUAUUCAGUUGUCUUCAGGCUAUUCUCUGACUCAUCCCUCAACAAAUUCAUUCGAUAGCAAAAUGUGUAGUGUGGCGCAGAUAAAUGAGUGCUACGAAGAAGCUGAACGCUUGGUUUUGGAGGCAGGAAAAUUAAUUGUAUCAGUUUUUGAAACCGAAAAAUCUGUGGAGCAGAAGGAUGACGAUGGAGUGGAUCUGGUCACUGAGUACGAUCGCAAAGUUGAAGAAAUGCUCGUAAAGAAUUUAAAUAGAAAAUUUCCUGGUCAUCGAUUCAUUGGGGAAGAGGAGACGGCAAAGUCCAACGUACUCCCAGAAUACACAAAUGCUCCCACAUGGAUAAUAGAUCCCAUCGACGGAACCACCAACUUCGUCCACUGUUUUCCCAGCAUUGGAAUAUGCGUGGCCUUUUCUGUGGAUAAAAUCAUUGAAUUUGGAAUUGUUUAUAAUCCUGUAACGAAACAAAUGUUCACCGGCAGGAGGGGACAGGGGUCUUGGCUAAACGGAAAGCGUCUAAAAACGUCAACCAGAAGGGAUUUAUCUAAAUGUCUGGUUGGUAUGGAGCCUUGGAUUGCUAAAGAUAAAAAUUACAAGUCAAGUGUGUACACAAGAAUAGAUGCAGUUAUUCAACACACUAGAGGAUUACGAGUGAUAGGAACAGCUGCUCUGAUGCUCUGUUAUAUCGCAAUGGGGGCAAUAGAAGCUUAUCAUGUGGAAACUGUCUGUGCAUGGGACGUAGCUGCUGCCAAAGUUAUCUUAGAGGAGGCGGGUGGUGUAAUAAUUGAUACGUCAGGCGGAGAACUAGAUCUGUUACAGCCUAAAGUGAUUGCCGCCUGUAAUCGUUCGAUUGCAGAUCAAUUAGUCCAGCUAUUCAAGGACGCAUCCUUGGGGACUGGAGACGCAACCAUCCAAGCGCUGAUCAAUUCAUGAAGAAAUUGGUUCAUCGUGAGAUGCCCUACAAUACGGAAACUCGAGGUUAAAAAGAAACAUUACUUUCCACAAUUUUUACUGGAAAAAAUGACAUGAAAUGUUUCAUGUAUUUAUACGCAGAAAUACUUCAGCCCAAUCGGUCUUUCCGUACUCGUGGAUUAUGAGGAUUUCAUUAGAAUGUUACGUUUGCUUGUACGUAACUAAUGAUGAAAAAAAGUGAUUUUAAGUGUAAAAAACGGCGUUUUUCCGUACAUUAUGCAAAAAUAAAUCGUAAAAUGCGUCGCUAGUGAGGUCGUAACAUGCGCAAUUACGGAUAGGCUGUAAUUAAUACAGAUUUUCUUAGAGAUUUGUGUAAUUUGUGUAAGAAAUACGUUUUCAUCGAGAUAGUCCUCUAUUUUUCAUCGACAAUGUUUAUAAUAAUCACCGCUCAUAUACAAACAAAAUUCUAACGAGUGGUACUUGUUAGUUAUAUAGUAUUACAUUAUGCAUAUAUUUUUAUAUGCCGAUAAGUGCUAUCUCUGUCAGGUUAUCGUGCAUAGGGGCCUUAUAGAGGCUAUUUCUAAUUUAAGAAUGGCUAUUGGAAAGCAGCUCGGUCACACUUGUCGUACAUCACACAUCGUUUGUAUUAGAAUAAAGUUGUAUGGUUUAUUAAGCAAAA